GGUUAGGGAGACACAGAAGUGGGGUGAAGGUAUCGCAUCACCCACUGGACGGGAUAUUGAUGGCAAGUACCUUGAUCAGAAUGAGCAAGACUUGAAGACGAGGUACGUAAAGUUUCAGAAAGACUGGCCCUUAUUUGGCAUCACGUUAAUGUGUGAUUCAUGGACUGGUCUGACGAGGAUGAGUGUCAUCAACUUUUUGAUAUAUUGCAAUGGGGUCAUGUGGUUCCAUAAGUCUAUUGAUGCGACUGGAAGAAUUCAAAAUGCUGCAUAUUUGUUCAAGGAGAUUCGAAAGGUGGUGGAAGAGAUUGGACCGGAGAAUGUCGUGCACGUAGUCACCGACAACGGCUCGAAUUACAAAAAAGCAUGCAAUGAACUACUAAGUGAUCUACGUGAGGCUACGGGGAAUGAUUCCAUCAGCGAUUGGGCACGUCAAAAUAUAGGUGACACUCACCUAGGGAAGAGAAAGUUGCACAAGGGGCCUAAGAAGGGUGACUCGAAGCGUCGAAAAGGCAAAGGAACAGCAAAACCAGUGAGCAGCGACACCGAGACUGAUGAUGGCGAAGGUGAGCGUAGUCCUCCGUAUCAGGAGUCCGAGGAUAGCAGCUCGGCCGAUGAUGGUGAUGAUGGUGACGGUGCUCAGCCUAAUGCUGGUGGUGGAGGUAGUGGUGCUGAUGAUGCUGCUGGUGGUAGUGGUCAUGCUCGUGGUGUUUGUUUCACAGGUAUAUAUUGCACAUAUAAAUACACAUAUAUUUCUGACUAUUGACUACUAAUUAUGAAAUAUGGUUGAUUGCAGGGGAAACUCAGUUCACACAUGCUACUCAGGACACCGACCAUGGAGCACCGCAAUCGCAGAGGAGAACAGGUGGACCGAC